UACCUGUGAUUCAGGCAGGUGGUUGUGCAAUGACUUACCGUGUCCAGGCUCAUGCUUACUGGAAGGAGGUGCUCACAUUACCACCUUUGAUAAGAAGAAAUACACCUUCCACGGAGACUGUUUCUAUGUGCUGGCCAAGAGCUUGACGAUCCGAUCAGAUGGCACGGUGCUGCUGAAUGACAUGGUCGUGCACUUGCCCCAUGUGACAGCAAGCUUCUCAGUUUUCCAGCCAUCUUCCUACCACAUCAUUGUGCAGACCCACUUUGGUCUCAAGCUACAAAUCCAGCUGGUUCCAAUCAUGCAGCUGUUUGUGAUUGUGGACCAAAAUGUCCAAGGACAACUGCAAGGUCUCUGUGGGAAUUUCAAUGGCAUGGCAGGGGAUGAUUUUAAGACACCUGGAGGGCUGGUAGAAGCAACAGGAUCUGCCUUUGCUAACACUUGGAAAGCACAAUCCACCUGUAGAGACCAAGUGGAUAGGUUGGAAGACCCUUGUGCUCUCAGCGUUGAAAACGAAAACUAUGCUGAGUUUUGGUGUUCUCAACUAAAAAAUUCAGAAUCUCUUUUUGCCAGAUGUCACACAGUCAUCGAUCCCGCGGAAUAUUACAAGAGGUGUAAAUACGACACCUGCAGCUGCUCGAACAGUGAGGAAUGCUUGUGUGCGGCCCUCUCCUCUUACGUAAGGGCCUGUGCCUUCAAAGGGAUCAUGCUGGGAGGUUGGAGACAAAAUGUCUGCAACAAAGAAGUGUCCUCUUGCCCAUCCUCCCAAGUCUUCCUUUACAAUUUGACGACAUGUCAACAUACCUGUCGCUCCCUUGCUGAUGGCCAAAAUCAGUGCGUGAAGGGCUUCAUUCCAGUGGAUGGCUGUGGCUGCCCUGGUAACACCUAUAUGGAUGAGAAGGGUAAAUGUGUGCAUAUCUCCCAGUGUUCAUGCUACCACAGAGGAACAUACCUGGAACCUGGAGAUGUUAUCUUUAAACAAGAAGAACGCUGUGUUUGCCGAAAUGCAGUUCUCCAUUGCACUCAAGUGAAGAUAACAGGGGAAAAGUGUCUGUCUCCCAAGACUCACUUAGAUUGCAGCAAUGUCAACUCUAGGUCUUCUCCAGUCCUUCCUCAGCUAAGCUGCCAUUCUCUGGGUGCUGGUUAUCUCCCAACAGAGUGCAUUUCAGGGUGUAUAUGUCCUUAUGGACUGUUUGAUGAUGGCAGAGGGGGCUGUGUAAGGGAGAAUGAAUGUCCAUGUUUUCAUAACGGCGACUUUUAUUCUCCAGGAUACACUACAACAGUGGGCUGCAACAAUUGUACCUGCUAUAAAGGAAAAUGGAAAUGUACCAUGAAUGAGUGCUAUGGGACUUGUAUUAUAUAUGGAAGUGGUCAUUAUGUCACCUUUGAUGGAAAACACUACAAUUUUGAUGGACACUGUGAAUAUGUGGCUGCCCAGGAUUAUUGUGGUGAGGACCCCAGUGGCACAUUUAGUAUCAUCACAGUUAAUGUUCCAUGUGGAACCACAGGAGUCACCUGCUCAAAGGCUAUUAAAGUAUUUCUCAAGGGAAUUGAAUUGAAGCUGGAGGACAAGCGCUAUGUAGAAAUUCAUCGAGAUGCUGGCGAACAUGUACAUUAUUGGACUCGGACAGUGGGGCUUUAUCUUGUUAUUGAAACCAGCAGUGGUGUGAUGCUCAUCUGGGAUAAGAAGACUACUAUUUUUGUAAAGCUGACCCCUAAUUACAAGGGCAAAAUCUGUGGUUUGUGUGGCAACUUUGACGAAAAUUCCAACAAUGACUUCACAACACGGGAUGGGCUGCAGGUGACCAGUCCUCUGGAGUUUGGGAAUUCCUGGAGAUCAGCCAGUAACUGCCCUGAUGUGGAGAAUGAGAUUGUGCCCUGCAAUCUGAAACCCCACCGCAAGUCCUGGGCAGAGAAGGAAUGCAGCAUAAUUCGGAGAGAAGUCUUUAAAGUUUGUCACAACAAGGUGGACCCACAACCAUUCUAUGACAAUUGUGUUAAUGAUGCCUGUUCCUGCGACACCGGGGGAGACUGCGAGUGCUUCUGUUCUGCAGUUGCUGCUUAUGCCCAAGAGUGCGUAAAGCAUGAAGCUUGUGUCCACUGGAGAACUCCUGAUAUAUGCC